AUGACUAUUAAAAAAUAUUUAGUUCUUAGUCUGUUAGUGUUAGUUACAUGUGUUCAUUGUUAUAUUAUUGAUGAUGAAGAAAUGCAAUUAAGAGAACGUUCAUUUGUUGAUGUCGAUAACGAUGCUGAAGAUAACAAUUUACAAGAACGACUAAGUCAUAAACAUCGUGCAAUUGCGGCUGAUGAUGAUAUGUCACGCAAUGAUUUAUUAGAAUAUUUAUUCAAUCGUCGAACGUUAGAGAGAAAACGUCAGACAGGUGUUUGCGGAAGAGACACUAAUGGUCAGUCCAUUUACUGUCAACCAUCAUCACUUCUUUGUGUAAAUGUAAGAACUGGAGCUACUACUCGUUGUUCUACAUGUCCAGCAACAGCGACACCCCAAAAUAAUCCGUGUGGACCUUGGUGUGGUUGGUAUUUAUAUGGCUAUGCACCUCGUGGCGCUCCAUCUUGCGCACGACCUACCUCUGUUGCAUCGGUCUAUAAUCAGUGUACCGUCUGUGCAUCAUAUAAAUGUCCAUGUGUAGCUACUGCAGGUCGCAAAUAG